AUGCGCCCUACCCCUAAGCCCUCAUUUCUGCUCUCGGAAGUUGAUACCCCGAUCCAGCAGCGCCUCGUCAUGGUCGAAACUCGAGGCGCGAGGCCAUCCUUCGAUGGUCAAGAAACAUCUGACUUUCCCCCGUUUCCUUCUCAAGAAGGCGAUCUUGACCGAAAGCCCUCGCAUCCACUCGACGAGGAAAAUGGGUCGCCUCCAACCAAAAAGCGCCGUACGGACGAAGGUCCCGACGCUGACAUUUCACUGCCCGACUCCAUCUUGAUGGCCGAUCAGCAUGGCCCUGGCCAUAAAAUCGAAGAAGAAUUGGCAUCAGCCCUCGGUGAAGGUGUAAUCGACACCGUUGAGCCAACUGACAACACCAUCAACGAACCUCUUCAGCAUGAUGCGCACGAUACCACCGGAGUUGCGCCAACUCAAGACGGCGACGCCGAGAUCAAUCCUGACGUCGCUACUAUUAUCUCUGAAAUCAUGGACCACACUGAGCGCCAAGAACAGACGGUCGCAUUGGGCCCGCAAGAACUUCCACCAUCUAACGAUUUCCCUGGUGCUCGAGGGUUUGCCUUCCUAAAGGCCAACUCCCACUUGAAGAUUCAGAGUCUCCCGAUUCUGGACAACCUUUCUACGCAGAUUUUGUCCUUCCUGUCAAAGAAUACCUACCAAGACCUCACUGCCAUGGUUUCCGAGCCUGAUUCCGAGAACGGCCAGGCCUACGCCACCAUGCGCUCCUUAUUCGAUCACACCAAGAGAGUGUAUACCGUCAAGCACUCAUUCCUCCAGCCAUCGGACCUCGAAAUCACAGAUCCUUCUCAAGUUGAUGUGAUCCGCAAAGCCAACCUAGCGUCCUUUGUCUCCAGUAUCUUCGGAUCUCAAGAAAUUGGGUUCGCGGAUCUAAAUGAACAUUUUCUGGAUGUAUUCGUCCCUGAAGGAGGUCGUCUGCUGAAGGUCCAAGGUGCUUUGUACCUCGAGCUCAAGACCCAGGCCUUCAUCGCCGCCAUGCACAACAAAUCUCUUACUCGUACCCAACUACUUUACAACCUGUUCCCUGAUGACAUGGAACAGCGGUUGCUGGCCAGACGCCCUGGUACCCGGCAGCUGGCGCCGUCUGAAACGGAUUUUGUAAACCGACUUACUUCGCGCCGUGACAUCCUUCUUAAUGAGAUCAACAAUGAAGAGGCGCUCAAUGCCUUGCCAGAUAAGUACCACUGGGAAGAUUUCCUCCGAGAUCUCAGUUCUUACAUCUCAAAGAACUUCGAUGCGAUCAAUACCCAACAGGGAAAGAAACCCAUCAAGGGCCGCCAACCUUCAAGUUCAAAUGGCGAUGCACACGAGUCGCCCAAUACCACCCACCAGGGACAGUUCUCUGUGAACCAGCAAGUUGAGGUCCCAGUGGAUCGGAACAUGCAUGGCGACCUCGUUGCGCGUGCUGCCCGAGCUGCGCAGAUUGCUCUCCAAGGUCACGGCCUUCGACGCUCUCAGCAGCAGUCACAGUCGCAACAGCAGCAUCAACAAACGCAAUCGCAGGCGAGCCCAUCGCCUCUACCUCAGCAUCAGCCACAAACCCAGUCACAACCUCCACCACAACAGGCCCCGCAGCAACAACAGCAACAACACCAGCAACAGCCGCCGCCGCCCCCGCAGCAGCAGCAGCAGCCACCAAGUCAGCAUGAGAGCCCAUAUUUGCACGGCUACACCGCCGCGCAGCAACCGCAGCCUACCCACCAAUACCACCAUAGUCCUACACCACCUGGAGGCUACCAACCUCAGCAAGCUUCUCCCAUGAACUUCCAGCAGAGCCCGCUACAGGCUAAUUUCCAGCAAUACAACCCCAAUGCUGCUCAGGCCAUGCAGGCAAGAGCUAAUGGAAUGUCCUCCAACCACGGAUACAUGCCAGGGAUCCCCCACUACUCGCAGUCACAGCCCACCCAAGUGCUGUACGAACGCGCACGCAUGGCUGCAUCUGCCAAAUCAUCCCCAACCAGCCGCAAAUCCGGCCUCCCCAGCCAACGUCGACCCUGGACCACCGAAGAAGAGAAUGCAUUGAUGGCCGGUUUGGACCGCGUCAAGGGCCCCCACUGGAGUCAGAUUCUCGCGAUGUUCGGACCCGGAGGAACAAUCAGCGAAGCACUCAAAGACCGCAACCAGGUUCAGCUCAAGGACAAGGCUCGCAAUUUGAAGCUCUUUUUCUUGAAGAGCGGCAUCGAGGUCCCAUACUAUCUCAAAUUCGUCACCGGCGAACUGAAAACCCGUGCUCCCGCCCAGGCAGCCAAACGGGAAGCCCGCGAGAGACAGAAGAAGCAGGGCGAAGAAGACAAGGCCCACGUCGAGGGCAUCAAGGGCAUGAUGGCUCUUGCCGGUGCUCACGGGGCUCCCGUACCAGGCCAUGAAAUGUCCGCCUCGCCUAGUCUUCCCCCGGAUGCUACCAGCCAGUCUGUCUUUGAUCAAACCGCUGAACAGAACUUGAUGCAGACACUCAGCCAGGAGGUCCACGGAAGUCAAUACCCCCAGCAGCAUGCUCCUCCUCAGGAUCAUAUCGAUCCUCAUAUGCAGCUGGGACAGUAG